CCGCAGUGCACCAUGCACAUCACCCAGCUCAACCGGGAGUGCCUGCUGCAUGUCUUCUCCUUCCUGGACAAGGACAGCAGGAAGAGCCUCGCCAGGACCUGCCCCCAGCUCCAGGCCGUGUUUGAGGACCCUGCACUCUGGCCCCUGUUGCAUUUUCGCUCUCUCUCAGAACUCAGGAAGGACAACUUCCUCCUGAGCCCGGCGCUCAGGAGCCUGUCCAUCUGCUGGCACUCCAGCCGCGUGCAGGUGUGCAGCAUCGAGGACUGGCUCAAGAGCGCCUUCCAGAGGAGCAUCUGCAGCCGGCAUGAGAGCCUGGUCAGUGAUUUCCUCCUCCAGGUGUGCGACAGAUGCCCCAACCUGACGUCCGUAACGCUGUCGGGCUGCGGCCACGUCACAGACGACUGCCUGGUGCGCCUGCUGCGGUGUUGUCCGCGCCUGCGCGUGCUUCGCCUGGAAAACUGCGCGCGCGUCACCAACCGCACGCUGGCGGCCGUGGCGGCGCACGGGUGCGCGCUACAGACGCUGCACGUGGACUUCUGCCGCAACGUGAGCGCGGCCGGCCUGCGCCGCCUGCGCGCCGCCUGCCCGCGCCUGGUGCUGCGCGCCGAGCACAGCGCAGCCAUGAUACCCGACCAGCCCCCGCGCGGCCCCCAGGCGCCCGGCCCGGGCCUCCGCAAGCUGCUCCCGCGCUAGGCCGCGAAAGGACACCGGCUGCGGCCCGGGAGGAAGGAGUGACCUGGCAUCCGCCCCUCGCUCCUCCACCUCAGACUGUCGCCACGUCUUCUGAGCCUCAGUUUCCCCGUCUGCAAAAUCGGGAUACGAAUGCCUACCUCACGUUACGGUUUUAUACAUAGAAUGAGUGCGAGAUUAAAUGACCGGAUGCUUGGAAAACAGGGUGUUUCUCACUAAACACCAGAACCUUUCCCCGUCUCUCUUCCGCAGCAGCGGGAGGCGCCUAUACCCUCCUCGGGAACUGCGACCCGGGGUGGACACGUGGCCACUCGAACUCGCUGGCUGCGCUCCGAGAUAGGCAGGGAGUGGAGGGGAUCCGGCCCGGCGACGAGCAGCGCGCCCUGGUAACGGGACAGAGUGGUGGUCCCAGCGGCCGACCUCUCGCCCCAGCGGCCCUCGGAGGCCCCGCCGACUGCGCAGCCAGGCACAGGCUUUCUCGGAAAGUGGCCACGGUGCUGCGCCAGCGAGCGGCAGGAGGGGAGGAACCCGGGGCAGAGGGCCCGAGAGAGUAGCCCAGUGCGCGACAGAAGCUCCCAACGGACACGCCAGGGCCCUUGCGCGUCGGCUUCGCUCCGCGCCUUUGCCGGCAGCUCACUUUUCCUCGGGCAGGUGCAUUCCGAGGAGUUGACUGUACACGCUAUUCUAGAAAAUUCGCUUGUGAUUCUUACAUAAAUUGCAGUUAGCCUUUAAAAAAAAAAAUGUUCUCAUAAAGGAAAAAGGAAGUUCAAAAACCCAAGAAGGAAAAACAAAAGCACCGGCCCUGAUUAGGUUCUUUGAAUUAUGAGACCAUUAUAAGCUGAUGCAGUUAGAUUUUUACCAGCUGGAUUUGCUGAAUGUGGGCACAUGCCUGGUCUUCAAUUUCAAGGCUUUAGUCAGUUACGUACCACUUUUAGCCACCAAAGUAAAGGCUCUUAGCUACUACCCAGCAGCCUCCAGGUCCCAGGUACAUGGGAAAACGGAGAAAGUGGGGAAGGCAGGGAGCACUGAUGGAUGGUGCUCCACCCAUCACCAGCUGUGACCAAAGCCCUUUACUCACCUGAGGCCAGGGCUUUCCUUUGUGAAAAGGGAUCUUGAUCCCUACUCACGGGUUCCUUAUUUUGUUGUCCAAGUUUGGGAAAUAGCAAGGAAAAAGAGACAAGUUCUAUUCUCAUGGUGCUUACAUUCUAGUAGGGGAAGAGACAGUAAGUACAGGCCUCACUUAAACUUCUUGAUAGGUUCUUGAAACCCGUGAAUGGAACCAUAUAAUGAAACUGAUUUUAUUACUGGCUAAGUGAUAGAAACAAUUUCCUAAGAUACCUAAUUAACAUAACAAAAUGAACGUUAUUUAAGGACUUGCUUUGUGGGGACAGAGUCCCAGAGAACAGUUUCCAGGCUCUCGGGCUCACGUGGACAGGUGCUGGCUGGGGUAGUAGAUGGCCAUCAGCUGUAACCAGUUAGGCAAUUAGCCACUGAUACAACUGCUGUGACUGCGUUGGUUGGUUGCUUGGGAGAAAAGCAGAGGAGGAUUGCGGAAUGUGUGGAUCCUACUUCCUGUGUCUCCCCUGGCUGUCAGCAAGACUGGGGUGCAGGAAGACCCCUUGUUGUGUUACUGGCGGAUGUUUGCUCUCUAUGUCCCCAACCCGGCCACCAGCGAGAAUAUAGUUGUAUGACUCCCCUAUGUAUAGCUCUGUGGGUGCUCCUUUUUGGCUUCACCGUAGCCUGCGUUCUUAUGUAGGGAGCGGGACUGGAGACCCUGCAUGUCACCCCGCAUGACAGCUGUAAUUGGCAUAUAAGAAGAUAAGUGUGUGUGUGUGGGGAAGCACAGGGUAAGGGAGAACCUGCUUUAAAGGGGUUGACCAGUGUAAGCCUCAUUGAGAAGGUGGCAUUUGAGACAUUUUGUGAGGAAGGGAGCCGAGCAGCUCUGGGAGGAAAAUAUUCCAGAAAGAAGGAACAGCCAGUGCAAAGGCCUUGCUAGGAGCAAGGCUGGUAGUUAGGGGAAAAGUGUGGCUGGAGCAGAGUGAGGAGGAAAGGCAAGGAGAGGGGAUCAGAGAAAUAAGGGAUGGGGGAGGCGGGUGAGGCUCCCAGGUUGUGUGAAGGUGAAAUGAGAGCUGCGUGCCCCCCCCCCACCCCAGCCUUCCCGGCAGGAGCCAAGGCAGAGAUGAUAUCCAGGUGAAUCAGGAGGCGCUGAACUUUCUCCAAGCAGCACCUGUGGGCAGGCCAGCAGAACGCCACCCCACCCCAACCCCUGCAGGGACUGCUGAAGGCUUCCGUCGCUGCCCUGGGCCCCUGGUUGAGCCAGUGCUUAGCCUGGAAAUAGGGGAAGAGUGUUGGCACUGAGCCCAGGCCUGGCAUAUACCUCAUCCCCGUGUGGGCAGAGGCAACCCCUCAGGCGGCCACCUGCUGUGGAAUGUGAGGGCCCCCCACCAGCCUGUGGGACCAGCUCCCUCCACGAUUUUAGUUCACUCACCAUGCUCUGGGCUGAGGGGAGAGGACUUGCAGGGACUUUCUCCCACUGUUACAAUGUUGAAAGAAAGCUCAGGUUUCCCAGGGGUUAAAUGUUUAAAAUGGAGCCACCUAAGCCCCAGGGCUUUGCUUUUGUCAUCUCUGAUAAGACCCAUCGGGCCAUUUGCCUGAGUUGGUGGUUUAGUCUGGGGAACAAGCUCUCCUCUGACCAACUGACAGGUCAGCCCUCUCUAAACCUUAGGUUUCUUAUCUGUGUAUUGGGAUAGCUAGAGACUCUUGCUCCAGGGUUUUUGUAGAGUAUGAGAUUGUGUUUGUAAAGCAGAGGUCACUGCAAAUUCAGCUGGAAUGGAGUAACCUGGAUUCCCGAGGCCUCUUUCCCCGCGGAAGCUCUUUUAAAAAUGAGGGUUAAGUUCCCUAACUAAACCUUCGAUGCCGAGUAAACCACACAUACCAAGAUUUUAGUGAUCGCAGAACUAAAGCUGUGCUGACAGCUGUGUUCCACAUAAUUUCUAGGGCUCUAAUUUGGCCCCGCCCCCUCCAGGGGAGUGUUGGGCCCGAGCCAAGGGCCAUCUGAGGUGCUCCCAGAAGGCGGGCACUGACGGAGACACAGGGCUCCCCACUCUGCCUUCUAAUAGUCACUGUUCACCAUCAGCAGGCACUAAGCAAAGCACUUGACACACACUGCCCUGCUUAAUCUGAAAACAACUUUCCAGGCCUUCUCUCAGAUUUGCAUAGAACAAGGAGCACUGCGUGCUUAAUUAAUCCACCAACUCACUCAUCUCGCAAACAUUUACUGGGUAUUGGCCAUGGGCUGGGCCAGGCCCUACCCCAAGGCACUCCCUCUGCUCAGGUCAUGCAGCUGGCGUUGGGAGUUCUUGAGUUCUCUCCCAGCUCUACUGUCCAUAACUUCUGACAAGUUAUGUACCCUAUCUGAGCUUCAGUUUCAUCUGUAAAAUAGGACCAGUACCCUCUCUGUGACACUGUGAUGAGAUUAUGUCUAAACGUGCAGUGCCUGGAAGGCAGGAGUAGGGAAAGGCCCUUCACAUCCGUGGGGGGCUGGAAAAGCCAAGUGCCUGGCAGAACCCCCAAAGCACGGGCACUGGAAAGAAGCAAGCUGCGUCUAUACAGGGGUGAUCCAGGAACAUCUGACGGAGGACAGAGCCUUUGAGCCGAGCCUGGAAGACUGACUGCAGCUCCCACGUGUUCCAGGUCUGUGGAUAGUGUUGCUAUCAGCAGGCAUAGCUCACCAAAGGCAGAGUCAGGAAGCUCAAGGUGUCCAGGGAAGGGCGAGCCGGGGAGCCGCGAGCCUGUCUGUUCCAGAGGCACUUGGACAUGGCUUGGGGUUAUCUGUGACCUCACAGCCUCUGUCACGACAGACCACAGACUUUCCUCAGCUCCUGAGUGCUAACUUUUGUCACACUCAGUUUGGGCCACAGCAGCCAAAGGCCACACAGAGGGAAAGCUAGGAGAGAGUGCAGUACGUCAGCACUGGGGCCGGACAGUGUGCCCUGGCUGGAGGCUGACCCAGUGACCAUACCACAGUGCCAGCAGAGACGGGGGCUCUUUAGUGGGGGGGCCCCAGAUUGCUUCCCUGGGAGGCAGAGCCUGCUGGGGUGGUGCUCCGAGGCCUGUCUUGCAGGGCCACACUGGCCCGUUUCUGCACAGGCUGAAUGUUUGGAGGAGACUGGCUGAGCCCCCUCAGCUCUACCACUGGUGCUGACAGGAAGCCAGGGCUCCCAGCUCUAGCCUGUACGCACCUGUGAUUAGUACUUUCCCUCCCCUGACCUCGGUCUGUAAAGGGAGAGAUCACCUGACCCCUCAGGUCAGCUCUAGGAUUCCUCCAGCUCUCGGAUUCCAUGCCUAAGACUUGCUUUUUGCUAAAAACCGAGUUCACCAGAUGGCGGUUUCAUCACCAGAUGUAGGUUUCAUCUGGCUGGCAGUGCUGGGUAAGGGCCACAAAGCUGGGAGGCCCAGAACAAAGCUGUACCCUGAAGGGCCUCUGGGAAAAUCUUAAAUUUUAAAGGCUGGAGGCCAAAGUUCUCUUGAGACUGUUUAAGAGUCAUAAAAACUGCAAGUAUUUGUUAACUGCAUGAGUCCAGCAAACAGAAAAACUGCCCAAGCCUCCAAAGAAGCUGAAAGUGAACUAAGGUAAAUAAACACCUGCGCUAAGCUCAUUUCAGCUCCUCAGACAGGGAUUCACGCCUCCCCCUCUCAUCCAGAGGUUCCAAAAGUCAAGCGAAUGGGAAAAAAAAUAAAAGACAGGUUCCAGCAAAGAAAUGGCAUCCGUUAUAAAACUGAGGCGUCUGUGCAGAUUUUCCUUGUAGGGUCAGACCUCUGGAGAAGCUUCCGUGAGGCCCGACAGGCAGGUAGACCUGCAACCAUGAGUAUCAGGACUGGGGGUGCCUCGGCCUUCAGUCCCGAGCAAACUGGGGCAGCAGAGGCCGCAGCCUCACAAGGGUGGAGCAUUACUUUGAUUUAAUCUCUGAGAUUGCAGAUGUCUCCUUCAGCUUAGCACAGGCUCAGCCCAGACCAGCAAGAGAGAAAACCCACUUCUCACCAGGAACCAGCCCAGAAGGCCCUAAAGACCCCUCUCUGUUCAGGGUCUCAGCCGCACACAGAGGCCCCACUUCUCUAAAAAAGGUUCCCUCCUGGUCCAGAGGCCGGGGCAGUGCCUUCCCCCUGAGUGAGUGCUUCAAACACAGAGCCCUUCACUGCUGCUACCUCUCAGGUCAAGUACGACAGGUUUGUCUUUUCCCAGAACCUCCUGGGGUUCCCCAGAAGUUGUGGUCUCCCUCUGAGACCCAGUUCCAAUCGAAGCCUCUUUUCAAGAAAACUAAGAUGUCAUCAUUCUAAAUAUUAUUAGAUACUCACACUGGGAAAAGACCCAUGCGCCAUAUUAUCUUAGCCAACAAAACCCUCUUUUUCUUCCCAUUUCUCUUUGAAAAUACACACCUUCUACCUUCCUCACGUUAAACAGCUGCCUGCAAGGCUCUCGGGCCGGCUCCUCAUUUGAGCUGUCAGCCUUGACCAUGUCCACGGAGUACACUGGAAGCAGCUUGUGGCUUGAACUUGCUGUGGGUGAAGGAGACAAGCCACCCAAAGGCCUCCCCCUCUUCCUGUGCCCACGCCCGGCAGCCAAAGCCUCCACAGCUGCUCUUAAGAUGGCCCUUUCCCACACAACCACAUGCUUUCUGAUGUUCCUGAACAAAUGAGUGUACUGCUCAGGGCGCUCGAGGCUGGGUUCAAGCACCAAGGCUGUAACCCCUUUCCUAGCCCCCUGCACAACUCCUCACCAUCUAUCGUUCAAGGAUAUGAAAGCCACUCAUUAGUUCUCAUGUUUGUUCACACAUUCACCCCCUCAUGCACACGUUCACGUGUGCACGGCCAUCCAGGCAUGCUAAAUGCCUACAAGCAACAGUGGUCCUUUCUUCAUACUUCCCCUUGGCCGCGCUCCCUAGACACAACACGUUAUUGUAAACGGCCCUGCUCUUUCAUGCCAUCACGUGUUCUUCACAGGCAGAGUCAGAACCAAAUCACUUCGGUUAGCUUCCUCCUUGCCUAGCAGAGCCACACCCUGGGGCCUCACGAAAGGCUCUUAGCGUGUUACACUUGAAGCCAGCGAUGUAACAAGAGGAAGGGUGGUACUGAGAGCUGGGCCGAGUGGCUGAAGCAAGGGCCCUGGGGUUAGGGAACAAAGUGAGAGACCCAAGGAUGACAGAACAAAUGAAAACGGGGGAACCCCCAUGG